UCUUUCUCUUUGGGAGGCAAGGGCCAAUGUCCCUUCCGUGCCUCCUGGCCCAGCACACAGGCGCACACGGCAACCAAACGCGACUAACGGCCCCUGUGGUGGGACGUGAAAUUCCCUCCCUCAAUGAAAUUUCAGCCUCGCCGUCAGCUCCUCACCCUCAUCCCCACCCCCACCCCGGCGUGUGGCCGGCCCCAGAGUAGGGUGGGAAGCAGCUUGGUCCUCCGGGAGGCGAGGGUCGUCGCUGCUCUCCGCUCCCUCCAACGCGAUGCAUUGGGUCCCCAGGACUGCCGAAGGGGCCCGGUCGCCCUGGCCAGCCCCAGCCCUGGCUCCUCGGACCGCCCUGCCCAGCAGGCCUUCCUCCCCAACGACACAGUCCCAAAUCUGCUCUUGCAGCUGGGAGGAGGCCGGCAUCCCAGACCUGAACCAGCGAGAAAGCCCCCUGGACGAUGGGUGAGGCGUUCUCCCAGCUGGGCUCCCGGGAGGAUGAAAACAAGCCGAUCCUACGCCCCGCCGCGGCCAUCGUCAGCAAGGCUGCCAGAUGCGCCAGCCACGGCAGCAGCAAAUUGUUUUCCUCCUGUGCGUCUUGUGAGAGGGCUGCUCGCGCCAGCUUUGUGACUUGUCCCACCUGCCAGGGCAGUGGGGAGAUCCCUCGAGAGCUAGAAAAGCAGCUGGUGGCCCUCAUCCCCUAUGGGGACCAGAGGCUGAAGCCCAGGCACACGAAGCUGUCCGUGUUCCUGGCGGUGCUCAUCUGCCUCGUGACCGCCGCCCUCGUUGUGUUUUUCCUGUUUCCCCGCUCCAUCGCCCUGCAGCCCGCGGGCCUCAGCUCCUCCACCGUGGCCUUGGACAAGACUGACAUCCACCUCAACAUAACGAAUGUCUUGAACAUCUCCAAUAGUAACUACUACCCCAUCACGGUGACCCAGCUCACCACUGAGGUCCUGCAUCUGGCCGUCGUGGUGGGGCGGGGCUCCAGCAGCCUCCUCCUGCACGUCGGCCCUUUGGCCAGUGAACAGGUUUUUUACGGAGUAGCCAACAAGAUCCAGGAUGAAAACACAUACAAAAUCUGUAGCUGGCAGAAAAUCAAUGUCCACCACGUGCUUUUGCACAUCCAGGGCACCUUGACCUGCACCUACCUGAGCCAUUCGGAGCAGCUGGUCUUCCAGAGCUACGAGUACGUGGACUGCCGGGGGAACAUGUCGGCGCCCCACUCGCUCGUGCCACACCCGCCGUGACCUGUCUGCUGUCCCCAAACUCCAGGCGCCUGCCAGCCUGGCCCGAGUCUCUCACAGCACUGCGGUGACCAGCCAAGGACUCCAGUGACUGCUCUGUCCUGCCCUCCCACGUGCCCCCCACUGUCCCCCCCGUAGCACAGGAAGUUAACUCCGCACACGCACAGCAGCGGCCUCUGACUUCCACGGGCACGGAGUCCCGGGUCCGCUAGGGGCUGCCGCCGGCCUUUCCCCUCCGGCCGUCUGGAGAAAGGUCUGCGCCGGUGUUUCCUCCGAGGCCCCGCAGCGGCGCCUGCCCCCUCCCGUCCGAGCGCCUGAGCCGCCCAGCUCCUGGGGCCUGGUCUCCCCUCCUGCCUCGGUGUGGAGGAAGCCUUCCUUUUCUCUGGCUUCAGAGACAUGAGUUCUUUCCAGGUUCUCCACCUAGUGAUCGGGAAGCACCUCGGUGGGGGGGCAUUCAGAUCUGUCUCCAGGGUCUCUUAGGGCACACACGGGCUCUCCCGUGCCUCCCGGCCGUGGCCGUGUGGCAACGUGAUGGCGAUGGUCUGCUGCUCUCCGGGCGCUUGUCCCCUGCCCGUCUGCCAGCUGGGUCGGCCAAGGCCCUUUCGGUCUGCGUCCUCCCUGCUUCAAGGCCGUCCCGUUCCUGGGAAGGCAGCCGCUCAAGCUUCUCUCCAUAAAGCAGUUUUAUUAUUCUCUUCAUAGCAGGAGCAGAGGGGGAGGGGAGGGGAAGGAGGUACCCGACACCCCUGGGGCCCACGUGGGAAAACCAGGCAAAGCCAGAGUUGUUUUUAAAGGUAUUUAUUGGGGGAAAGAAGAAGUAUUUAUUGAAGGAGAGCCUGUGUGAGUAGGUGCAGCCAGCCGAGCAGCGGCCUGGCUGCUGCCCCCCCCGGAAGGGGGCAGCGGUGGGGCGGGCAGUACCCAGCCAAGCGGCUGGGCUCUGCCGCACCAGCACCCGCCGCCAGCGGCUGCUUCCCUUUGGCCAUUGGCCGCCUGGAGCGGCUCAUCAGGAGGGUUGUGUCUAGACCCCUCCCCGCUCUCUGCUGUCACUCAGCCGAAACUAAGCUCCAGGGACUCCAGGCCCCACGGGGCUCCGAGCAGGGGCGGCUUCCCCUCUCCAGCUGAGCAGAAAUGGUGUUUGCUCACGAAGGUCUUAUCAGACAGCAGAGAGAUGCGCUUAGGUGGCGGGGAAAGCUGAACUUUGGGAGUAGGAUGGAUGGAGGGGGGACUGGUGGCAGCCCGGUGGCCAACCGGCCCGCUGGCUGGGACAACAGGGGGGAAGGAGGCUGUGCUGCGUGUCUCCACGCUUUGAAGUCUAGGCCCCGGGCUCAGGGCGGUGCCGGCCCGAGCACAGGAGUCCGGGGAAGCCAGGCUGGAGCUUCCGCUGAGUGUCCGUCACCAAAUGUAAAGAUUUAUACUGUAGUCAAUAAACUAUCCUUAACAAUGUU